GUAAAGUUUUCGCAAAACAACAAGCCACAGGACGUCAUCAACCUCCUGGUCGAAGAGAGCAACAGGUUGUACACGAGUAACGUCGAGAACGGAGUGUACCGCUGCGACACCGACUACAUGACGCUCCGGACCGUCAUGCCGGCCGAGCGGGUCACGGACGACGUCAACAUCAUCGAUCCGGCCAUCUCUACGACGCUGCGUGACCACAACGAGCUCAUCAUGAAGAGUUCCGACACGAUCCCCGUGCCGCGUACCAACCACUACGUGCUAGCCCUGCAGAAGGAGAAGGCGCCGGCCACCGAGGUGUCGGUCCUUAACAUCGCCUCCAUCAUAGAACAGUGCAUGAGCAACGGGCGCGUGGACUCUCGCUUCGUCGAAGUGCACAAACAGUCGGACCAGGGCACGCAGGAGCUCAACAAAUUUUACAGCCAGGCCUGUUGCGUCUCGCCCCGUAACCUCGGUCUGUUUCUACAGUGCCUAAACUUUGAGAUGAUGGACUCGGACAUGUUUGGGGCCACCUUACAGUGCCUCAAGAUGACCAAGGGCAUACCCACUCCGCGCCAGGAAGAAAUUGCCACCUACUCAAACACGGCGCUAUUUCGGAUGGCCACCAACCUGUUUUAUCACACGCGUUUCUGCAGGAGCUACCGCGGCGAAAACACCUACCUGUACGACUCGCGCUUCUUUAACGACUUUCUACUCUGGGUCCAGUCGCCCAACUGUCUGGAACACCACAUCUCGCCUAGCGUGUCGUCGUCCAUCAUCUCGUGGUGCACGUCCAUGUCUACUGCCAUGCACACUACGCGCGACGCCAACGGAGCAAAGUGCGCCAUGGCGGCCAUAUCCACGUGCGAGGUGGACCAACGCGUACUGGCCGACUUUUUGAACAUGUUCAUCAAGCUCUUUAUCGAGGACGAGACCGAGAUUAGCGUCAUCAACAAGAAAUUUCUCGAGAAGGAACUACUCGAGGCUUUUGCCUCCGUGUCUAAUUGCUACAACCUGUUUAGGGGGCAGUUUGUUUCGGCGACGGCCUUGCGCCUCUUCCUAGCCCGUUGUAGGUGGUCCGUGGCCGACGACGUGGAAGUCAUCGUUCCGGUCGAAACAAAGUUUCUCAACAGACUGAUAUGCGACAGCGACGACCUGUUGUCCAACUCGAUGCGAGACAAGCUCCGUAAAACCAUGGAAGACGUCUCCACGAUGAUGGCGCCGCUACUCUCCAAUCCAUCCACGUCCGCGCCUCACAGCAAGGACGACGACAGCAACGUGCCCAUAUGCAUUUGAAAUAAAA